UCGCUCCUGGAAUAUUGUUUCGUCGGCCGGCGGCGGCCAAUCUCAUCAUCAUCAGCAUCGCCGACAUGGCCGACGCCGACGUCUCUUCCUCCAAGACGACGACGGCGAGGGAUUACAGCACGGCGAUCCUGGAGUGCGCCAAGAAGAAGUCCCCGAACCGGCUGAUGGCGGACGACGCCGAGGGCGGGGUGGCCGUCGACAACUCCACGGUGACGCUCAGCGAGGCGACCAUGGAGGAGCUCGGCAUCUUCCGCGGCGACCUGGUGACCCUCCGCGGGAGGCGGCGCCGCGAGGCCGUCUGCUACGCGCAGAAGGACGAGUCGUGCCCCGACGGCCGCCUCCGCCUCAGCCGCGGCGUCCGCAGCAACCUCCACGUCCGCCUCGGCGACCUCGUCACCGUCAAGCCGUGCCCCACCAUUAGGAACGCCAAGAGGGUGCAGCUCCGCCCCUUCGACGACUCUGUCGAGGGCAUCUCCGGUGAUCUGUUCGAGCCCUACCUCAAACCGUACUUCAUGGAUGCGUUGCGGCCGGUGAAGAAGGGCGACCGGUUCCUGGUGCGCGGCCACAUGCACGCCGUGGAGUUCAAGGUGAUGGACACGGAGCCGAACAACGAGCCCGUGAUCGUGGCGGGCGACACGGAGAUCUUCUGCGACGAGGGCGACCCGGUGAAGCGCGAGGACGAGGAGCGGCUCGACGGGCCGGGCUACGACGACGUCGGCGGCGUCCGCAAGCAGCUGGCGCAGAUCAGGGAGCUCGUCGAGCUGCCCCUGCGCCACCCCAAGCUGUUCCAGACGCUCGGCGUGCGCCCGCCCAAGGGCAUCCUCCUCUACGGGCCCCCCGGCACCGGCAAGACGCUGCUUGCGCGCGCCAUCGCCGCCGAGUCCGGCGCCCACUUCGUCGUCGUCAACGGGCCGGAGAUCAUGUCCGGGAUGCCCGGCGAGAGCGAGGCCAACCUGCGCGCCGUGUUCGCCGAGGCGGACGCCGCGGCGCCGUCCAUCGUGUUCAUGGACGAGAUCGACUCCAUCGCGCCCAGCCGCGAGAAGGCGCACGGCGAGGUGGAGCGCCGCGUCGUGUCGCAGCUGCUCACGCUCAUGGACGGCCUCCGCCCGCGGGCCCAGGUGAUCGUCAUCGGCGCCACCAACCGCCCCAACAGCCUCGACCCGGCGCUCCGCCGCUUCGGCCGCUUCGACCGCGAGCUCGACAUCGGCGUCCCCGACGAGCUCGGCCGCCUCGAGAUCCUCCGCAUCCACACCAAGAACAUGCCGCUCUCCGACGACGUCGACCUCGAGCGCGUCGGCAAGGACACCCACGGGUUCGUCGGCUCCGACCUCGCCUCGCUCUGCUCCGAGGCCGCCAUGCAGUGCAUCCGGGAGAAGCUGGACAUCAUCGACAUCGAGAACGACACCAUCGACGUGGAGAUCCUCAACUCGCUGACCGUCACCAUGGACCACCUCAAGUUCGCCAUGGAGGUCACCAAGCCCUCCGCCCUGCGCGAGACCGGGAUCGUCGAGGUGCCCAAGGUGUCGUGGGACGACAUCGGCGGCCUGGGCGAGGUCAAGCGCGAGCUCCAGGAGACGGUGCAGUACCCGGUGGAGCACCCGGAGAUGUUCGACCUGUUUGGCAUGUCGCCGUCGCGCGGCGUGCUCUUCUACGGCCCGCCGGGGUGCGGCAAGACGAUGAUGGCCAAGGCCAUCGCCAAGGAGUGCAAGGCCAACUUCAUCAGCAUCAAGGGGCCCGAGCUGCUCACCAUGUGGUUCGGCGAGAGCGAGGGCAACGUCCGCAACCUGUUCGACAAGGCGCGGCAGUCGGCGCCGUGCAUCCUCUUCUUCGACGAGCUCGACUCCAUCGCCGUCAAGCGCGGCAACAGCGUCGGCGACGCCGGCGGCACGCCGGACCGCGUGCUCAACCAGCUGCUCACCGAGAUGGACGGCAUCAACGCCAAGAAGACGGUGUUCGUCAUCGGCGCCACCAACCGGCCGGACAUCAUCGACCCGGCGAUGCUCCGGCCGGGCCGCCUCGACCAGCUCAUCUACAUCCCGCUCCCGGACGCCUCGUCGCGGCUGGAGAUCUUCAGGGCGAACCUCCGCAAGGCGCCCAUGUCCCGCCACGUCGACCUGCCGGCCAUGGCCGCCUCCACCGACGGGUUCAGCGGCGCCGACAUCAAGGAGAUCUGCCAGCGCGCGUGCAAGCUCGCGGUGCGCGAGGUGGUCCAGAAGAGCACCCUGGUCGGGAAGGCCCUGGCAAUGGCGGGCGCGGAGCUCACCGUGGACCACUUCAAGAGCGCCAUGAAGCACGCAAGGAAGAGCGUCAGCGAGCUCGACGUCAUCAAGUACGAGUACUUCAAGCACAAGUUCAGCGGCGGCAUCCCCGACGAGGAGGAGGCGCCGGCGACGGAGCCGGAGCUGCCGGUGGGACAGCUGAGGUUGGUGGCGAAGCCGAAGACGAAGACGAAGGCGGAGCUAGAAGCAGAGGCGGAGGCUGCGGCAAAAGCGAAGGCGGAGGCAGAGGCGAAGGCGAAAGCAAAGCUGAAGGGGAAGGCGGUGGCCGUGGAUGACGACGACGACGACUCUACGUACUCCAUGGAUUCGAUGGACGAGGACUUGCUGUAUUAGUUAACUAUACUAUUAGCUAGGUUCACUCAGCUUUAGGUUUAUGCCCUGCUAGAUCCACUGAAUUGUUCAGCCAAGAGCUAAGGAGUCUUAUAUUUUCCUCUCUUUGGUCUAGUUGAGUUUUAUGCUCGACUUGUCUCAUCGUUACCAUUUAUAGGAUCCACUGAAUUGUAUAGCCAAGGUCUAAGAAGUCUUAGGUCCCUAUCGUUUAGCUUUUUCCCUAAUAAAAACGGUUUAUUAGAAAAUAAAAAUAAAUUUAUAGGUAAAU